GAUUCUAGUUGUCUAGUUUUCAUUUAUUUAAAUCAGUUAUCAUAGUAUCAUGUCAAAAUUUACGCCUGGAAGUGAAUGUGUGACGAUGAAAAUGAAAGUUUGCUGAAAGUACCGGAUACGAGUUGUUUGUUCAAACCAGUUGAAAAAACAAAAUUAAGAAUACUAUAACCUGCACCUCCGACUCGGUCACCUUGAGUUUCAAAACGUCAGUGUUAUACUGGACACUACUGUUAAGAUAGAGAUAUAGAAGGGAAACCAGCCAAUGAAUAUGUCGCAUAUAGGGAAGAAAAAUAAUAUUUGGUAGAAAACGGUUUAGACACUGCUGACCUUUGUGACCUGGUCGAUAUAAUGGACAGCCAUGAUGGGCAGCAAUAUAGAUUGUCAAACGACAAUGAUAGUACAGACGGAUCACAAGGAGGGACAAAUCAAGAUGCGGUCGACGUUGAAUCUGAGGAUGGAACACUGACUGUGCCACGUACAAUAUAUAGUAGGAUAAACGGGCAGGGUGCGACUGAAGAGCACAAUAAUCCUGAUGAAGUGCCGGGACACCGACAUGAGAGCUUUUCAGAGGAAGAAGAUCCCGAAGUGUCAGUAGAACGUGAGCCACAAACGUUCCAUGCAGUUGGUACAUUUAACUGGUUACGUAGAACACUACCAGGCAUUUCCAGCUAUAAUAGACAAACGAUGAAAUAUGUCAUGCGGUACAUAACAAUACUCAAAAAUGAGGGAAUGAGCUACAUGCAAAAUGCAAUACAAAAUGAUUUAGAUGGUUGGAAACAUAUGGAGUUUAGCGUGGCGUUGGUCGGCGAUGCGGGCGCUGGUAAAUCAUCCUUAAUCAAUGCUAUUCUUGGCUUGACAGCCGACGAUGAAGGAGCAGCACAAGUAGGGAGUAGAGAAACUACAUUAGAAGCUCAAAAAUAUGUUCACCCUAAACACAAAAAUGUGGCCUUUUUUGAUCUGCCUGGCAUAGGUACGCCAAACUUCCCGAGAGAAACGUACUCAAGGACAAUUGAUUUGGACAUGUAUGACUUUUUCUUGAUAGUUUCACGGGGGAGAUUCCGAGAAAACGACAAUUUGUUUGUAACAAUGAUACAAAGGAAAAACUUGCAGUUGUACUUUGUUAGAACAUGUAUUGACCACGACAUUGUAGAUAACGAAAAAGCUCACCCCAGAACGCACAAUCAGCGAAGAUUAAUAGCUGAAAUACGAGAAGAUAUCAAAAGCAAUUUACUCAAAGCCGGUCUGAAUGAGGAGAAAAUACACAUAGCACUUGUAAAUAAUCACAACAUACUCGAACAUGAUUUUUCAGAUUUGAUGAAAGAAUUAAUAAAAAAUGCCCCUGACAUUAAACGAGAAGCUGUCAUGUAUGCAUUAUUUUCUCGUUCAAAGGAAGUCAUUAAAACAAAGGUCACAUCAUUAAGACAGCGGAUAAACAAAAUAGCGUUGAUUGGAUCCGUCGGUUCACUUGUGCCAAUUCCAGGAGUAGGAGAGGCAAUCGAAAUUAUGACAAUUUACAAAGAAACUCAGUUCUAUCGCCAGCAGCUUCAAAUUGAUGACAAAAGUUUGGAAGAAUUGGCAAAAAAUAUGAAUAAGGAUUUAAACGACUUAAAACGGAACGCAGACAUCAAGUCCAACAUACUGUUUGCAUCUACACAAUCUUUGGUGAAAUUUCUAGCGAUUUGUUUUGCAUCAGAAGCUGUUGAAUCGGUGAUAAAAAUAUCUAUUCCAUUUUUCGGAAGUGUUAUUUCAGCAUUGAUUAGUUUCCCAGUGUGUAAGACAUGUCUAGAAAAGGUGUUAGCUUUGUGUGAGAAAGAGGCCUACGCCUUAAACAAAGAAGUUGAAAAUUGGCUAAAUCAUAAGUCCCAGGAUUAAUAUCGUUGGAAGAACACAUGUUUUUUUCAAAGUAGAUAUAUCCGUUUGAUGAAAUUAUACAUUAUUUUGUUGACGUGAAUUCGAUAUAGACCACCAUUCCACCUUCGUGUUGAUUAUUUCAGAAUAACCUGUUAUACCAAAAAUUUUAAAAUUAACGGAAUAAGCAUACUGUCAAUACUACGCUUAUAGCCGAACUCAAUGAAUGCAACUGCUUUGAUUUAUGGGUAUUGAGAAUAUACAUAAUGUAUAUUAUGACUCAUACGAGAUGUUUUAACUAAUAACAUACGACUUUACAAAUAACAUCUUUGCUAUGUCACAAACUGAAACAACAUGGUUUUGAUGGAUAAUAAAAACGGUAGAGUUAACCAGGUCACACGAACUGUCAGAGAAAACCACGAUCAUUCAGCAAUCAUUAACUCCGAUAUUAGACUUGCCGUCAAUGGACCAAUCAACAACCGGAGCUCAAAACAAUCGGUGCAAAUACAAGUUAAUGGGAAUUUUGUCGUAAAACACUGACACUAUUAAAUGGAUAUGCCUCGCUUUAUUGAACAAGUUUAGAAACGAAAGGCAAUUAUUAAAACUUAGUGAAGUAGAGAUUCGUGUAAUAAUGAUGAAUCAUUUGAGUAAAUAAAUAAGUUUGUGACACAAUGUGGAACAACUAUAUGUCGGCGGAUUAUUAAAAGGGAGACCUUUGUAAUAUGCAUUUGUUUCGUAAUGUCUUACGAAGACAGUAAUGAGCUAACUCUUGGAAAUAAUUAGAUAUUUGGUGUGUUUGUAUGACAAUAUGCUCAACAGUUCUAUGUAGAGCAUACUGAAAAUAGCAUAAUGAUUGUUUUUAUGUAUUCAUGAAAUGUUGACAAUCAUGGUCUGUACAUGAUAUUCGUUGUUUUCAAUCCGGGAAACUUUAGGUUAAAUUUCAUGUCACAUUGUGUCAGUUAUUAUCUUUCCCUUAAUUUACUAUUUAUAAGACGUAUACGUACGCACGUGUACAAAUACUAGUAUUACAAUUGAAGUAGACUAGCUUGAUGUUGAAAUAUAUCCAUAUACUUGUACGAAUAAUGUCAACAUAUACGAGCAAUUUUAUAAUAUUUAGUUGUGUAUGUUAGU